AUGGGGGAUACUGGCUUGCCCUUUCAGGCCUACUGCUUCUGCCGGAGAUCCUGGACGGCCAUUACACGAUGGUGCGCGGGUGACGAAUGGGCGAGCGAGCUGUCAGUCUCGUCCCGAACUUGUUGGCUGCGGUGCCGGGAGCGCGGGCGCGCAGAGCCGAGGCCAGGACCCGCCGCCGCCGUCGCCGCCGCCGCCGGGUGGGAGCCGGGCCGGCCGCCGGAGAGCGGCUGCAGUGAGCGGGGCGCGCGGCGGCGACGGGCGCGGACGGGGCGCACCGGGCCGGGUCGCUCCUCCGGGCUAGGCGGCGCAGCAGCGGCCGCGGUCCGGAGCCCUAGGGAGGGCGCGAGGGCGACGCGGCCCAUGGGCUAUUUCGAGCUGCAGCUGAGCGCGCUGCGGAACGUGAACGGGGAGCUGCUGAGCGGCGCCUGCUGUGACGGCGACGGCCGGACGACGCGCGCGGGGGGCUGCGGCCGCGACGAGUGCGACACGUACGUGCGCGUAUGCCUUAAGGAGUACCAGGCCAAGGUGACGCCCACGGGGCCCUGCAGCUACGGCUACGGCGCCACGCCCGUGCUGGGUGGCAACUCCUUCUACCUGCCGCCGGCGGGCGCUGCGGGGGACCGAGCGCGCGCGCGGUCUCGGACCGGCGGCCACCAGGACCCGGGCCUCGUCGUCAUUCCCUUUCAGUUCGCCUGGCCGGUACGUGCGCCCCUCCCCCGCACUCAGCUUCCCUGCGCGCCUCGGCGCCCGCCGCGGUCCCUUCAGCACCUGCGGCCGCGCGGGUGCGGGCCGCGCGCGCCCAGACGGGGCGGGGCCGGCAGGGGGCGCCGCGCCGCGGGCGGGCCUGGGGCGCGUGCUCUUGCGACCAGGUUCGCGCCUGGCCACGUGGGCGCGCGGGGUUCCCGGGGACCGAUAGGCUUGGGGUCGCGGCGGGGCGGGGUGGCCAAGGUCCGCGUGCACGGCGGCCCUCGGAGUGUGCCUACGUCGCCCUGCGCGUGUCAGUGCGUGGGGAGGUGCGAGGCGCCUGCGGCCCGGCAGGCUGUGCAGGCAUGUGCGCUGCGCGUGCUGGGGCUGGUCCGGGGCAGGCCCUGGCGGAGCCGUCCGGGCCGGCGGCCAGCCUGCUCCUGCCCUGCAGUUUCCUGGACGCCCGGGGGCACGGACAGGCGCCUGGGACCUGCGCAGGGAUGGCCUGAUUGUGUAGGGAGCCCAGCUGGCGGGCGACAGGCCCUCUCGGGCGGCGGGCGGGCCAUGUCCCUGCGGGAGCAGCGUUCUUUUACCCUCAUCGUGGAGGCCUGGGACUGGGACAAUGACACCACUCCAGAUGAGGAGCUCCUGAUUGAGCGAGUGUCGCACGCCGGCAUGAUCAACCCCGAGGACCGCUGGAAGAGCCUGCACUUCAGCGGCCACGUGGCACACCUGGAGCUGCAGAUCCGAGUUCGCUGUGACGAGAACUACUACAGUGCCACCUGCAACAAGUUCUGCCGGCCCCGGAACGACUUCUUCGGCCACUACACCUGCGACCAGUACGGCAACAAGGCCUGCUUGGAUGGCUGGAUGGGCAAGGAGUGCAAAGAAGCCGUGUGUAAGCAAGGAUGUAAUUUGCUCCACGGGGGAUGCACUGAGCCUGGGGAGUGCAGGUGCAACUACGGCUGGCAGGGCAAGUUCUGUGACGAAUGUGUCCCCUACCCCGGCUGCGUGCAUGGCAGCUGUGUAGAGCCCUGGCACUGUGACUGUGAGACCAACUGGGGUGGCCUGCUCUGUGACAAAGACCUGAACUACUGUGGCAGCCACCACCCCUGUGUCAACGGGGGUACCUGCAUCAACGCUGAGCCUGACCAAUACCUCUGCGCCUGUCCAGAUGGCUACUUGGGCAAGAACUGUGAGCGGGCUGAGCACGCCUGUGCCUCUAACCCGUGUGCCAAUGGGGGCUCUUGCCACGAAGUGCCGUCUGGCUUUGAAUGCCACUGUCCGUCGGGAUGGAGUGGACCCACCUGUGCACUCGACAUUGAUGAGUGUGCCUCUAAUCCAUGUGCAGCGGGUGGCACCUGUGUGGAUCAGGUGGACGGCUUCGAGUGCAUCUGCCCGGAGCAGUGGGUGGGGGCUACUUGCCAGCUGGACGCCAAUGAGUGUGAAGGGAAGCCGUGCCUUAAUGCUUUUUCUUGCAAAAACCUGAUUGGCGGCUAUUACUGUGAUUGCCUCCCGGGCUGGAAGGGCAGCAACUGCCACAUCAACAUCAAUGAUUGCCACGGACAGUGUCAGCAUGGGGGCACCUGCAAGGACCUGGUAAACGGGUACCAGUGUGUGUGCCCACGGGGCUUUGGAGGCCGUCACUGCGAGCUGGAGUACGACAAGUGUGCCAGCAGCCCCUGCCGUCGGGGUGGCAUCUGCGAGGACCUGGUGGAUGGCUUCCGCUGCCACUGCCCGAGGGGCCUCUCCGGGCCUCACUGUGAGGUGGAUGCAGAUCUCUGUGAACCAAGCCCCUGCCUCAACGGUGCUCGCUGCUACAACCUUGAGGGUGACUACUACUGCGCCUGCCCGGAAGACUUUGGUGGCAAGAACUGCUCGGUGCCCAGGGAGACAUGUCCUGGAGGGGCAUGUAGAGUGGUCGAUGGCUGCGGGUUCGAGGCAGGGUCCAGGACACAUGGUGUUGCGCCCUCUGGCAUAUGUGGCCCUCACGGGCACUGUGUCAGCCUGCCUGGGGGAAACUUCUCCUGCAUCUGUGACAGCGGCUUCACAGGCACCUACUGCCAUGAGAACAUCGACGACUGCAUGGGCCAGCCCUGCCGCAACGGGGGCACGUGCAUUGACGAAGUGGACUCCUUCCGCUGCUUCUGCCCCAGUGGCUGGGAAGGCGAACUCUGUGACAUCAAUCCCAACGACUGCCUCCCCGACCCCUGCCACAGCCGCGGUCGCUGCUAUGACCUGGUCAAUGACUUCUACUGCGCCUGUGAUGAUGGCUGGAAGGGCAAGACCUGCCACUCACGUGAGUUCCAGUGUGACGCCUACACCUGCAGCAACGGUGGCACAUGCUAUGACAGCGGCGACACCUUCCGCUGCGCGUGCCCUCCAGGCUGGAAGGGCAGUACCUGCACCAUCGCCAAGAACAGCAGCUGUGUGCCCAAUCCCUGUGUGAAUGGAGGCACCUGUGUGGGCAGCGGAGACUCUUUCUCCUGCAUCUGCCGGGAUGGCUGGGAGGGCCGUACCUGCACACAUAACACCAACGACUGCAACCCUCUGCCCUGCUAUAACGGAGGCAUCUGUGUUGACGGCAUCAACUGGUUCCGCUGCGAGUGUGCGCCCGGCUUUGCGGGUCCCGACUGCCGUAUCAACAUUGAUGAGUGCCAGUCCAACCCCUGUGCCUACGGAGCCACGUGUGUGGACGAGAUUAAUGGGUACCGCUGCAGCUGCCCACCAGGUCGUUCUGGACCCAGAUGCCAGGAAGUGGUCAUAUUCACGAGACCCUGCUGGUCCCGGGGCAUGUCCUUUCCACACGGGAGUUCCUGGGUAGAGGACUGCAAUAGCUGCCGCUGCCUGGAUGGCCACCGGGAUUGCAGCAAGGUAUGGUGUGGACGGAAGCCUUGCCUGCUGUCUGGUCAGCCCAGCACUCUGAGUGCCCAGUGCCCACCAGGGCAGCAAUGCCGGGAGAAGGCCAUGGGUCAGUGCUUGCAGCCACCCUGUGAGAACUGGGGGGAGUGUACAGCCGAGGAACCUCUAGCACCCAGCACCCCCUGCCUGCCACGGACCACCCAUUUGGACAACAACUGUGCUCGCCUCACACUGCACUUCAACCGUGACCAAGUGCCUCAGGGCACCACCGUGGGCGCUAUCUGCUCUGGAAUCCGAGCCUUGCCCGCCACCAGGGCAGCGGCACGAGACCGCCUCCUCCUGCUGCUCUGUGAUCGCGCGUCCUCGGGGGCCAGUGCCGUGGAGGUGGCUGUGUCUUUCAGCCCUGCAAGGGACCUGCCUGACAGCAGCCUGAUCCAGAGCACAGCCCACGCCAUCGUGGCUGCCAUCACUCAGAGAGGAAAUAGCUCACUGCUGCUGGCUGUCACGGAGGUCAAGGUGGAAACCGUUGUUAUGGGUGGCUCUUCCACAGGUCUGUUGGUGCCUGUCCUGUGCAGCGUGUUCAGCGUCCUGUGGCUUGCCUGUGUGGUUAUCUGCGUAUGGUGGACACGAAAGCGCAGGAAAGAACGUGAGAGGAGCCGGCUACCACGGGAUGAGAGCACCAACAACCAGUGGGCCCCGCUCAAUCCCAUCCGCAACCCCAUUGAGCGGCCCGGCAGCAGCAGUCUGGGAACUGGGGGCCACAAGGAUGUACUCUAUCAGUGCAAGAACUUCACGCCGCCACCCCGCAGGGCAGGCGAGGCACUGCCCGGGCCAGCUGGCCACGGGGGUGGUGGGGAGGACGAGGAGGAUGAGGAGCUGAGCCGUGGAGAUGGGGACUCCCCAGAGGCAGAGAAGUUCCUCUCACACAAAUUCACCAAAGACCCCAGCUGCUCCCUGGGAAGGCCAGCCUGCUGGGCUCCAGGGCCCAAAGUGGACAACCGUGCCGUCAGAAGCACCAAGGAUGUACGCUGUGCUGGCAGGGAGUAGCCCAGGCUAGCACCCAGAACCCUUGCCUGCUGGCACCACGCUGCCUGCCGGACCACAGGAGGCCAAGGCCGUGUGCAUAGUUUCUUUAUUUUGUGUAAAAAACAAAACCAAAAAAACCAAAAAACAAAUGUUUAUUUUUUACGUUUCUUUAACCUUGUAUAAAUUAUUCAAUGGCUGUCAGGCGGGAAAACAACGGAGUAUUCUCGGAUCAUUGCUAUUUUUGUAACGUUUCCGUGUCCGCACGCACUGUGGCAGGAGAGCAGGGCGUGUUUUGUGUUCUCACCAAAUCGUAUAAUGUUUGUUACCACAGGCUGUCGCUGUUUACAGAAUCUUCUUUUUUAUUCCUCAUUUGGGUUUCUCUCUAGCUCAAGGCCCAAAAAGCCCAUGAGACCCGUGGGCUAGGCCGUGGCUCUCAGUGAGAUCUGUGGCUUUCAGUGUGGCCCGUGGCUCUCAGUGGGACCUGUGGCUGACAGUAUGGCCUGAGGCUGUCAGUGGGACUGUGGCUGUUGUCUUAGCUGUAGCUCUCAGUGGGACCCGUGGUAAUUGGCCUGGCCUAUGGCUGUCAGUGGGACCUGUGGCUGUUGGGAACAUCUGUGGCCAUUGGCUUGUGGCUUGGCUGUCAGUGGCACUGGCUGCUGGGCUGGCAUGCUGUCAGUGGGACCCAUGGUGGCCUGUGUGAUGCUGGUUACCAUAGCUGUUGGUGGUGCCUGUGGUUGUCAGUGGGGUCGGAGGUCACUGGUGUGGCCUAAGGCUGGCAAGCAAACCUGGCCCAUGCCUCAGCUAGCCCCUCCAGCCUGCUGUCCUUGCUUCCUCCUGCCCAGAACUCUCCAGAGAUCUCCAACUGUGCUUUCAGAAGUGCCCUUCCCAACUGCUCGGUUUCCCUCCCGGGACGGCGGUAUUGAAGCUUGUGACAAGUGCCUUCACACAGACCCCCUCCCAGCUGUCAGCGUUUGCCGUGGGCACCAGGCCGCUGCCCACCUGCCGGCCCCGGCCACCCUCCUCGUGAAAGUGCAUUUCUGUAAAUAUGUACAUAUUAAAUGAAUCAGUCUGUAUAUUUGAUUUAAUAACUUAAA